UUUUUACCACUCUCUCUCUCUCUAUAAAACCAUCUUCUCUUUCUCUCUCUAGAACUAGAAUAGCUCCGACUUUCGUCGUCGGCUCCAUUCGGGAAUCGAGGAAUUUCUCGCGUCAAUCUCAAUUCAAUUACAAGAAGAAGCCCGAGAAUUCCUCGCAAUCGCCCCUGGUAAACCCUAAAAUUUAUUAUCUGCAGUCCACUUCCAGUUUAAAUUCGCCCCAAUUAACCUAGAUCUGUCCCCAAUUCCCCCUCCGGAUCGUAUAUAUUUUCACCGUCUAAGAAAAUCUGGCCGAGAAAAGCCCGAUUGAGUUACAUUUCUUGGUAAAUAUCGAUUAAUUGGUGUAGAAGUCCAAUCACGAUUGUGAGAGGUGGGAAUAAUGGGCAGGUUUGACAAGGAAACAGCGGAGCCCUCAUCCUCGCCUGCGGAGACAACGUCGACGUCGAAGACGGUGACGGUUAAUGGCACACACGAUUUUAAGAUCACGGGGUAUUCGCUGUCAAAGGGAAUUGGGAUUGGGAAGUAUGUAGCGUCGGAUACGUUUAUGGUUGGUGGGUAUUCGUGGGCAGUUUAUUUUUAUCCAGAUGGAAAGAGCGCGGAGGAUAAUGCUACUUACGUUUCGCUUUUCAUCGCGUUAGCUAGUGAGGGCACCGACGUUAGGGCACUCUUUGAGCUGACUCUCUUGGAUCAAAGUGGAAGGGAGCGGCACAAAGUUCAUAGCCAUUUCGGUAGGGCGCUGGAGACGGGACCGUAUACUCUUAAAUACCGAGGCAGCAUGUGGGGCUACAAACGAUUUUACAAGAGAACUGCUAUGGAAUCAUCUGAUUAUCUGAAGGAUGAUUGCCUUCAUGUGCAUUGCUGUGUUGGUGUUGUUAACUCGCGCACAGAGGGACCUAAGAUCUACUCGAUUCCUGUUUCCCCAUCAAAUAUUGGCCUGCAUUUUGGGCAGCUGCUAGAAAGUGGAAAAGGGACUGAUGUAAAUUUUGAAGUUGAUGGAGAAACCUUUUCUGCUCAUAAGUUGGUUCUUGCAGCACGAUCACCUGUUUUCAGAGCUCAAUUAUAUGGUCCAAUGAAGGAUAAAAAUACGGAGUGUAUAAAGAUUGAAGACAUGGAGGCGCCUGUGUUUAAGGCCCUGCUUCAUUGGAUGUACUGGGACGCACUUCCUGAUUUUGAAGAGCUUACUGGACUGAACUCAAAAGGGGCCUCCACAUUGAUGUUUCAGCAUAUGCUUGCUGCUGCUGAUCGGUAUGGUUUAGACAGGUUGAGGUUGCUCUGUGAGGCCAACCUUUGUGAGGAUGUUGCCAUCAAUACUGUUGCAACAACAUUAGCACUUGCAGAACAACACCACUCUUUCCAGCUGAAAUCUGUCUGUCUCAAAUUUGUCGCUCUUCCUGAAAAUCUUAGAGCUGUCAUGCAAACAGAUGGUUUUGAGUACCUUAAAGAAAGCUGUCCACAGGUGCUCACCGAGUUAUUGGAGCAUGUUGCCAGGGUCAACGAACACUCUAUUACUGUUGGCAAGCUAGGGAUCGAAGGUAUUCUAGAUGGAGGUGAUGUCAAUGGCAGACGCUUAUUCUUCUCGUAUUUCAAGGAUUUGGUGGGGAGGGAAGUGACGGUGGAAUUGAAGAAUGAUUUAGCGAUUAGAGGGACUCUGCAUUCGGUGGAUCAGUACCUCAACAUUAAGCUGGAGAAUACUAGGGUUGUUGAUCAGGACAAGUAUCCCCAUAUGCUUUCAGUGCGAAACUGCUUCAUCCGGGGAUCUGUGGUCCGAUACGUCCAAUUGCCGCCUGAGGGAGUUGACGUUGAGCUUCUGCAUGAUGCGACUAGAAGAGAAGCACGCGGCGGCUAGCUCUCGGUGACAUAUGGGCUCGAAGCAGUGGGUUCUUCGACACAAGAUUGGAAGUCUUUAUUCCGGAUAUGCUAAAUCUUUUCUCUAGGGCUUAUAGCUUUGAUUGUGUAGUUGAAACUAAUCAAUCUUUUGCAAGUUUUUGUACUAUAAACCCAGAAUAGUGGCUGUGUGUUUACCCUCGCAUUUUAUCCACUCUCUCUAUCAUGAAAAAAUUACUCCAUUCAUCUUAA